CCGAGAAAAAAGGGUUUUCAAGAACACGAUCAAAAAUACUUUUUGCAGUACAUUACGUACACUGUACAGGGUAUUAUGGUCCCACAGUGGUUCAACCCAACUAUUUCAAGAGAGGAGGCAAUAUGUAAACUAAACGAUAAAUACACAGGGUGUUUUCUGAUUAGACAGUCAUCGCAGCCAGGAACCCUAGCGUUGUCUGUGAAAACAGGGCGCAAGAAAGACGACAUUCAACAUUUCAUAAUUUUAUCCAAAGACGGAGCUGUGGCAUUAGAGGAUUCUGAACUGGAGUUUGACAGUUUGGUUUCUUUAGUAAACUACUAUUCAACCACCAGAGAGGAGUUACCGGUAUGCUUGAAGAUUAUGGAACCACAUAGAAAAUCAUCAGCUCCAGCUGGAUUCCAAAGAUCGGAUUCUCCGUAUGUUUCCAUGGUUGGAAAACAGAGAACAAAAUCCACUAUAUGGGUCAACUCACCAGUGUUUAGGAACGACCCUGAUCAAACGAAAUCACGUGAUCUUGAAGUGAUUCAAUCAGUUUUACACCAAGACUCCGUUAUACAAGAUACUUUCAGUUCUUUGCUGAAUAAAUGCUUAUCAAGUACUGAUGAACUUUCUCGGAUACAUAUUCCACAAGAACCCGCUAGACUCCAGGAACCCGCUAGACUCCAGGAACCCUCUAGACUCCAGGAACCCUCUAGACUCCAGGAACCCUCUAUACUCCAGGAACCCUCUAGACUCCAGGAAACCUCUAUACUCCAGGAACCCUCUAUACUCCAGGAACCCUCUAUACUCCUGGAACCCUUGGAGUACAAGGCCGGGGGAAUGAGAGAUGAGGGAAUGAAUGAUUACGUAGAUGAUGAUGAUGAUGAUGAUGAUGAUGAUGAUGAUCAAGGAUGUUAUGAGGAGGAAGAUUACAGUGUUCCUGUAGAUCUAGAGACAAAUGUUUAUCAGAUUCCCGACAUAGAAGACAAGUACCCAUCUAAACAGAGUCCUGAUAAUACAAAGGAGCAGAGUAAAACAAACUCUGCAGAACCAACCGAGCAGAGCAGAAAAUACUCUGUGGAGACCCAGUUGCAGAGCAAGGAGUUAUUGCAGAGUUCGAACCCAGAUAUUCAGCAGCGACCAGUUAGAUUCAGAAAGAACAAUUCUGUUGUUGUGAACCAAUAUAAAGCAAACAAUCAUCACCAGGUUGCCAACAAUUUAUCGAAAAGCUGUUCAAAUAUAUUCGAGGAACUGGAGAAAAAGAAUGAGAAUAAACAACAUAGGAAAAGCUUUGUCCGGAAAGUUUCAAUAAAUCUCUCUGUUCGGAGAAAUAACAACAAUAUACAACCUAUGAGAAAACUUAGCGCUGUCAUGAAAAAAAUGUUCCCUGUUCCACUAGUGUUCUCUUCUCUUGUAAACUCACAGGAGAACUCAGAUAGUUGGGAGUAUCUACCAGAAUGUGGGAUGUCUCCAGUGUAUGAAGAAGUCAAGGAUGUUGAAAAACUAGGAAACAAACUCUCGGUUAAGGAUCCUUCUCCACAAAAAGAACUCUCCAAGGAGAAUGAUGUUAAAGAGAAAAUUAACUCAAACCGAGACUCUAGACAAAGCUUUGAGGAGAUUGUGAAGAAGAAUAAGAUGAGUUUUAGAUCAGGAAGCUGUGACAGCUUGUAUGAGAGUGAAUAUUCAAUCAGUAAUCCUACAAGCAUGGAUAGAAACCAAACCACAGGACACUUUGCUCCAAUUAACUACAGUUUAGCAAUUCAAGGAACCCCAGCAAAUCAAGGAACCCCAGCAAAUCAGAAAAAUGCAGUUAAACUUGAGAAACGAGAAGAUCUAUCCCAAGCUAGAGAACGAAAACAAAGUAUUCCCUUGUAUUUGUAUGAACGUAAACUGAGUAAACCUGUUGAACUGGAGCAGGCCAGGAAACCUGCUCCAGCUGCAAUCAUGGAUAGAAAUGUUACAAGAAUAUGUAUAUCAUCAUCUUCAUCUAAUCAAAGAUCAAGUCCUACCGUGGUGCACUAUAUAUAAUUUUAUGAAACCUAAGUCAGAAACAUAUCUUGCCUAUUCUCGCAAACUCAAACCAGCACCUAUACAAUUAGAUCCAACCCAGCUCAUGAUCCAACCCAGGCCCAGCACAUGAUCCAACCCAGCUCAUGAUCCAACCCAGGCCCAGCACAUCAUCCAACCCAGCAUAUGAUCCAACCCA